AUGAGGUUAGUGCUGAUGGUGGCUGCAUGCUUCCCUGAAGAGCAAGCUAAAGUACAGGCCGAGCUUGAUGCAGUCAUCGGAAAGGAGCGAGCACCGACCUUCGCCGAUAGACCAUCCCUUCCUUGUCUGGAGGCCUUUAUCUCCGAGGCUCUGAGAUGGAGACCGUCAGUUCCUGAGGCUAGGCCUCUGAAUGGAUUGCCUCACCGAACUACUAAAGAUGAAACCUAUUGCAUUCCCGCUGGAACCACAGUAACCGGCAACCACUGGUACGCUAUCUCUCGAGAUCCAGAAGUUUAUCCCGAGCCUGAUGGAUUCCAGCCCCAGCGCUGGAUUGACGACCAAGGUCGUCUGAGAGACGGUCUCACAUUCUUUGUAUUUGGGUUUGGUCGGCGCGUAUGCCCAGGUCAACACAUCGGUGUUCAACUUCUUAUUCUUUGGGCUUUCCAGCUCAAUCUGGAUCUUACGAAGCCGCAGGAUGAUAUGGGGUUUACGAGCGCGUUCAUGCCAAAUGUCCCUGGCGCUAUUGAAUUUCAGACGAGGGUUCCAGAAGUUGAGCUAAUCCAUACGAUGCCAAAUUAUCCUAAGGCUGGGUGA